CAUGUAGGCCCAUUUAGUUUAGCCCAGAAUCUUCUGGUCGAACUCCGCCAAGUUGAACCCAUAAAUCGAAAGAUCAAAUUUCUGGAUCUCAAUCAUCAUCUCCUACUCCGGAUCAUUCAGCAGCUCGACGGGAGGAAAAUAAGAGUUUUCGUUGCGAGGCUCGGUGGUGAUCUAGAUGGCUGACGAAGAGCUUGUGGACCCGAAGAGGUACCUUGAAGACCGUUGCCAACCAAGAUGUGUAAAAGCUUUAUAUGAAUACAAGGAAUGUGUUAAGAGGAUCAAAGACGAUGAAACCGGGAACAAGCACUGUACUGGUCAAUAUUUUGAUUAUUGGUCAUGCAUUGACAAAUGCGUUGCUCCGAAUCUUUUUGAAAAACUGAAAUAAAACGAUCAAAGAUCAGCCUUUUUGACGAGUGAAGUUCUACUGCUCCUUGAUUCAUCGACAAUAAUUGCUACUUUUAGUGAACUGUAAGCCACAACUGUGUGCAUAUUUGAUGAUGGCCGAGUCCUGGGCCAACUCAUUUUUGCUCCCUAGAUGAUUCCUCAGCUGUUGCUAUAAUCUGCAAUCUUUGAUGGCAGACCAACAACCAUUCAGUUAAUAAUACUGUGAUGAAACUUUUCAGGGUGCCUGUAUGUUCUGCAUCCUAUCUGUAUCAUCAUUAUAAGCACAAUAAUUAAUGCGUUACCUUUUUUCCCCCCCUUUUUUUCUGAGACAAGACUCUCUCAUCCACUGACUGAUGAUUAGUGUACAAGGCCGCAAACCUUUUAUUUC